CUUUCCUUCCUCCCAUGACUAUUGAUGAAGCAAUUCUUGCAACGACAUUACAGCUCCUUUCUUCUCCCCAGGUCUCCCAGACCCACCUCAAUCCCACCUCCUGCAACCUCCCAAAUCAUCCAUCGCUGCAGAUCUGGUUAUCUUUCUGAUGCAAUUCACCUCCUAAACUGCACACAUUCAGACUUCAGCAAAGUCUCCUCACAACCCCCAAUACUCUACGCAACUCUAAUUCAAGCAUGCACCAAGUUAUCUUCCUUCUCACAGGGCCUUCAAUUCCAUGCCCAUGUCAUCAAAUCUGGCCUGGAAACAGACCGUUUCGUAGGAAACAGUCUGCUGGCUCUGUACUUCAAACUGUGUCCGAAUUUCCGGGACACCCGGAAGGUGUUUGAUGGAUUGUUUUACAAGGAUGUUGUGUCUUGGAGUUCAAUAAUAUCGGGGUAUAUUCGCAUGGGAAAGCCCGGGUUUUCGAUUGAUUUGUAUAUGGAAAUGGUGGGUUGUGGAGUUGAGCCAAACGGGUUUACCUUGUCUGCUGUUAUUAAAGCGUGUGCAGAACUUGGAGAGUUGAGAUUGGGGAAAUGCUUUCAUGGGGUUGUGAUAAAGUGUGGGUUUCAGUUUAAUCAUGUCAUUGCUAGUGCUUUGAUUGAUAUGUAUGGGAGAAAUUAUGAGCCAGGUGAUUCGCGGAAAUUGUUUGAUGAGUUGAUUGACCCGGAUGCAAUCUGUUGGACUUCGGUGAUUUCUGCUUAUACAAGGAAUGACUUGUAUGAGAAAGCUCUUGGAUUUUUUUAUAGGAUGCAUAGGAAGGGUGGGUUAUUUCCCGAUGGCUUUACGUUCGGGAGCCUUUUGACUGCUUUGGGGAAUUUAGGAUGGUUGAAGCAUAGUAGACAAGUUCAUGCUAAGGCAAUUGCAGCUGGAUUCUCUGGAAAUGUGUUCAUUGAGAGUAGUUUGGUGGAUAUGUAUGCGAAGUGUGGAUUGGUUAAUGAAUCUCAGCUUGUUUUUGAUAGAAUGAUAGAGAAGAAUGCAGUUUCAUGGUGUGCAUUACUUGGAGGUUAUUGCCAAAAGGGUGAUUUUGAAAAGGUUGUUGAGCUUUAUAAGCACAUGGAUGAGGUUGACCUUUAUAGUUUUGGAACAGUUCUCCGUGCCUGUGCAGGUUUGGCUGCUGUCCGCCCAGGGAAGGAAGUCCAUUGCCAGUAUCUGAGAAGGGGUGGCUGGAGAGAUGUUAUUGUAGAAUCAGCCUUGGUUGAUUUGUAUGCAAAAUGUGGGUGUGUUGAUUUUGCUUUCAGAAUUUUUUCACAGAUGCCAGUGAGGAAUUUGAUAACGUGGAACUCAAUGAUCUCUGGAUUUGCUCAGAAUGGAAAGGGAGGAGAAGCUGUUAAAAUGUUUAAUGAGAUGAUUAAACUGGGGGUCAAGCCUGAUCGUAUUAGUUUUGUAAGUGUUCUUUUUGCUUGUAGUCAUAGUGGGUUGUUAGAUCAAGGUCGUCAAUACUUUGUAUCGAUGAAAGAUAAUUAUGGAAUCAAAGCUGAAAUUUCACACUAUAGUUGCAUCGUAGACCUUUUAGGUAGGGCAGGCAAGAUAGAAGAAGCUGAAGAUUUGAUAAAUAGUUCAGAAUUUAGAAAUGAUUCAUCUUUGUGGGCAGCUCUUCUUGGUUCUUGUACCACAGGUACAGAUCCUACUGUUGCGGAACGUAUUGCUAAGAAAAUGAUGGAACUGAAACCUGAUUAUCAUUUAAGUUAUGUUCUUUUGGCCAACGUCUAUAGAGAAAUUGGCCGGUGGAACGAUGCUCUUGAGCUCCGGAAGCAAAUGCAGAAUAAAAAGGUUAACAAGAUGCCUGGGAUGAGUUGGGUUGAAACUAACUCCGGCAUCAGUUUUUUGUCUUAUGAGAACCCUUCGGAAAUGCCUGCAAGAGAUCUUGUUGAAGAGGAAAGGGGUUCAAUUUUGUCAGUGGAAUCGUAGAAUUAGUCAUGAAGUAUUAUCUCUUUCAGCCUUCAUGAAGCCAAGAUUUAGUGAUUCAAGAUAUAUGGUGAUAUCAAUUAUCGCAGUCUUGACUUUCUUGUAUUUGUACGACAUUACCAUCAGGGUGAUAGUCUUGCUCCUCAAAGUGAUUUAGAGCAACUGCCUGAAUAGCUACUUUAAGCAUCCUCCGCACCCAGAUUGAGCAGCAGGGUGGAAAUGUUCUUCCAUGCUGUGAAGUUUGCCGAGAUUGUUUACUUAUAACUGAACAAAUGUUAAGCUAAUCUAAUCUGAUGCUGUUUUAACAUAGCAACCUUUGUUAGAAUUACACUAAUGUAAUAUGGCAAUUGGCCUCCCUUUUU